CCCAAUAAUAACACAUCAAUGGGGCAGGGGGUGGGGGAGGAGCUGGAGGAGGAGGAAGAAAAAGAAGAAGAAGAAGAAGAAGAAGAAGAAGAAAAAGAAGAGAAGAAAGAAGAAAGAGGAGAAGUAGGAGAAAAAGAAGCGUGGAUUUUGCGUUGGUGUCACGAUUCAGUUAAACACUGGGGAGCUGGACCUACUCCGCCGGGGCGUGGCCAAGAGGAAACUGACAAGUGCGCGGCUGCUGGAGUCAGUCGGGUACCCGGACUCCGCAACCGACCCUACAACCUCUCACCGCGUCAGGGUGCAGCGCAACUGCUCCGCCCCGCUUUGCAGCGGGGCUUCCUUGACCAGCGUUAGGCGCCGGGCACCCCAGUUCCGUAUCCUGACUCUGUGUCCCAAUCCUACACCCCCGCUCCUCACCCACCCUCCCACCCACACAGUCCGGCAACCUGCGUUUACAAGCUUGCUCAGAGUCAGGGUCGUCUACUGCGUCCCAGACCCGCGCGGCUCCCUAUAGGGGCUUCCCGGCCUGCAGCGAGAGCUGAGCCUGGAUCUUUACUAAGCUUCCUGCCCCGGGGAGUUUGUGAUUCACCCCACUACUCGCAUCUUAGAGCCCUAGCCGACACCUCUACGGACAAACCCAACUCGGGCCAGCCUAUUUAACAUGUUUCCUGAGCAGCUGUUCCCUGACAGAUUUCAUUUUAAAGUGUUUCCUUAGCGCCUGGUCAAGGACAGUUUGACUUCGUUCUCUCUUUGAGGUCUCAGGAUCCUGACCCCUUCUCCCUUACAACUCCCUGCAGCCGGACCCUUCCCAUAAUGAACUACAGGAGUUCUUCUUUAACAUCCCCAGAAACAUUAAAAAUCAACAGUAAUUUCCUAAUUUUGAAAAGCAAAUGAUUGUCCCUCUUGGAGUUCGAAAAAAAAAAAAAAUCACGUUGCUUAACACCCCCCCCCCAUCUAAUUUUAUUUAUCGUGGACUAUUCAAAAAGAGAGGUUCACUGGGAGAAAGGUUUCUCUCUCUCUCUCUCUCUGUCAAAGCUACAACUUAAAAUUCUAUUCCUGGACUAUUUUCACCGAAUUAGUUUGUUAUGUGGAAGGAACAUCUAUAUUACUGAUACAUUUGUCUGUAUUGUGCAGGACAAAGCUUGCUAUGAGUAAUGUGGCCAUAUAUAUAUAUAUAUAUAUAUAUAUAUAUAUAUAUAUAAAGAAUAUUUACAUACGGAAAGUUGUAAUUACUUGAGUGCAUAAACAAAUACAUCUCUUCAAGCGUGGCUGGGGGACAUUUUCAAGUAGUAUGAAUGUUAGUGCAGGUUUUCUUCUGAUGUUAAAGGUAACGUGUUCAUCUUCUUGGAUCUGAUACUCUCAGUAAAAAUAAAAGCAAUUACAGAACUUUGAUAUGUAUAGUUCUGCCCAUCGGUUAAGUUGUGAACACAAAGUUAACAGAUAAUUUGAGAACUAUAGUCAAAGCAACCUGAAUCAUUUGUAAAAAGAGAACACAGUUAUAAUGUAAUAUAUUAGCAGUUCUAGAACAUAUACACAUAGAGUAUCUUUGUCAUACUAUACUACUCCUUAGAUUAAAAUGUUCACAUUUAGUGAAUUUAAGGAAAAUGGAAAUCAUACUUCUUAGAAAUGUUACUUUUCCUUUUUUUCUCUUGAAUUCUGAAGUUAUCUUUUGUUCUUCUUAAAACAUUUAUUGCUGCUUUUAGGAGAAAUAAUUAAGAUCUUUAAGUUUCCAAUAGCAAUACUUUUUAGGUAUUAAGGAAUUAUGAAUGCUUGCAUUUAUUGUAUCACACUACAAAAGGGACUCAAAUACGUUUUCCAAAGUUAUAUGAAUUUAGAAAUAUGAUUUUACAUUUAGUCUUGAUUUACUAUUUAUAACCACUUUAAUUCUGAUAUUGUCAGAGGGGAAUAACCAUAAAACUUUAAUCCUUUGUGAAAAUCCGUUUUUAAGGUUUUUUAGCAGAAUGACCAGUAAUGGGGUCAGCUAAAUGGAUGUCUUGCUCAAAUGGCUCUGAAACUGAGGUGUUAAAAACGUAUUCGCAAACAGCCCCAACAUAACUACUACUAGAAGUCUGGCAAGGGAUUAGGAAACUCAGUAGUUACUUUUUAAAUUCCAUCUACUGAGGUUCAGGGAAAAUGACCAUUUUAAAGGUAAACAGGGAAUGCUCAGACACCAAAUAGAUUUUCCCAUAGAUUUUGCUGGCAUAUUGACUCCUUGUAUAUAUUUAGGAAUAAUGGUGUUGAUACCAGAUGGAGCUAUGAGAAAUCUGCUGUGUCUCAUCACAGAUCCCCACUGGCCCAAGGGAAGUUUAGUUAAACAACAACGACAAGGUUUUAAAUCAUAUACUAAUAAAUGUUCAUGAAGUUUAAUUAUGUUGUUUCAUUAGAUGAAAAUAUUUUCUGGAGACAGGAUAUUUCAAAAUGUUGUUUUGGUAAAAAAACAUUGAAUAAAGUUCAGUAGACAGCCUGCAGACAGAUACACAGGUUCCAAUAAAAUUCAGGACCCCAAGGGUCCGCCCAGCUCUUGAAUUGUUUAAAAUAAACAUGUAAUGUAGUAGUUAAGUUUUAAAACGGCUUCUCAAAACUGGUUAGUUAAGGUACAGUCAUUUAUGAGAAAUAUAUUCGUGAAAGUGAUUUUCACCCUCUCAAAUCGUCAGCGGAAAACUGUAGCUUCGAUAUCAGUUGUUAUAAGUUUGUUCUCACGGUCGACCCAAACCAAGGCCAAAAGUUUAUUCACUUUCUUACCGUUUAUUACAGAUAAAUAAUGUAGUGUGAGUUACAGAAAAUGCUGAAUCGCUGUAAUUUCCAUUCAUUUAAAUAACAAUAAAACCCUAUGUACACUUAAUUUCUUUCGGAAGAAACCUCCUCUCCCUGCCUCUGGCAGCCUUCUCCCAUUCCUCCACUAACCAGUUAACUUUAAUGUGAGAAACUAAUUUGCACCCAACCUGUGAAUGCCUUCACCUUCAGGUAGAAGAAACACUAAUUUUAAUGCAUUUUUGCAAAUAAAUCAUUACAAUUUAAUCACACACGACUCCACACAGACACACACCCAUGAUUUAUUAUCGUUAGGCUAGUUUCCUCCUCCCCCAGCGUGAGAUAACCAAUUUUGCUACGUGUGGUGUCUUAAACAUUAACUUCCUACGAUGCAGAUUUGUUUACUGAUUAUCUAAGACGAUAACGACGAUUACUAAGGCAAUAACACUCUUCC